CUUUUGAAUAACUUUUAGCUAUUGAUACAUAUUCCAGUGACAGAAUGACAGAACUUUUGGUUAGUCUAAUUUAACUUAAUAGAAGGGCGGAUGUAAUAUGAAAAUCCUAGAAUGAAGGAUUUAUAAAAUAUGUAAUGUGGUUAUUUAAUUUAAUUAGGCUGGAAAAAAGGGUGGGUGUCUGUGGACAGUGCGCACGUGCUGGGGACAAGCUCCAGCUGAAGCUAACGUGCGCACCAACAACCAGGUUGGAAGGAAGAGGAAGAAGGAGAGAGAGAGGGAGACAAUGGCUGAUCUCUUUGCAUGGUUCAUCAUCUCCUUCUUCCUCCUCAUUUCCUUACUUGUCCUCGUUACUUACCAGAUUCAUUCAUUCAUUUCUCUUUUUAAAUUAAUAUAUUCAUUGAAUCAAAUGUUAUAAUGGAUUUGUUGCGUUUGGUUGUUCCAUUAAUUAUCCUCUUAACAUGUGAUUUGUUGCAGCUAUUGUGCCUGGCAGACCUAGAAUUUGAUUAUAUAAAUCCUUAUGACUCCUCAGCUCGAAUAAAUAUGGUGGUUUUGCCAGAAUAUAUUACGCAAGCUGUCCUGUGCUGCUUCUACCUUCUUACCAAGCAUUGGAUUCUGGCACUCUUCUUUCUUCCUUAUCUUUUUCACAAUGUCCGAUUGUAUAGACAAGGAAGGCAUUUGGUUGAUGUUACUGAGAUAUUCAACCUGCUCACUUGGGAAAAGAAGCAAAGGCUUGUCAAACUCUUCUAUCUUGUUUUUACCCUUUUCCUCUCUGUAUUUUGGAUGAUUUACACAUCAUUGGAUUAGUAACUGCAGUGAUUGCUUGCUUGUAUUAUGGAGUGCUGCAAACUCCUAAAUGUGUGUGGGGGGUAAAUUCAAGGGAGAGAUUGUGUUUUGAAGGAAGAUUGAAUCAGCAUCCAAAUGCAAUUCAUGUUCAUUCUUAGAAUCAGGACAGAAGUAGGUCUCAAAAAACAGAUUGAACCUGCUGGAACGGCGCUAUGUUGGAUUACGGGAAUGUUGGAUACAAGAUUAUGCUGCAGGGGUUAGCUAUAUCAUUGAACAAAUAGACUGAUGCAGGCUGCAUACAUUUUCACUUUUUCAUGUAUGAUAGCUACUAACCAGCAAGGUCUCAAAUUUCAUGUAUGAUAGCUACUAACCAGCAAGGUCUCAAAUUGAAAUGUAUACAACUUACACAUCUAAAAGACUCUGGUUUAACAUUGA